CCCCCCCCCCCCCCCCGGCGCGCGUUCCAUCCUUUCCUCGCGAUUGACCUCUAGCGCCGCGCCGCGCCGCGUUCUCCUCCUCUUUCCUCGCGCCGCGGCCACCGAACCCGCUCCGAUUCGCCGUGGCGAGGUCGACGCGAGCCGACGCGGCGGCACUCCUGGACGCCAGGGAGCCUUUCCCCCCUGCGCCACCCGCACUCCUGGCGAAUAACCUGGUGGGUACUCGUCGUGAUCGGAGCUUCUCAUGUUGGACCCAAGAUCCGAAAUCUACCCCACCAUAGAGUAUCGCCCCAUCCAGCCCUCCGACCUCGAGGUUCUUGAGAAGAUUCAUCUCUCGCUGUUUCCUAUAAGGUACGAGAGGGAGUUCUUCUUGAACGUUGUCAAUGGUAAUGGUGUCAUUUCGUGGGGUGCUGUGGACACUAGCAGAUCGGAUGAAGGCAGGGAUGAGCUGAUAGGCUUUGUGACCACGAGGAUGAUUGCAGCAAAAGAUAGCGAGAUCGAGGAUUUAUUUAGAUACAACAACUCGCACAAAGAUCUAACACUUCUUUAUAUCCUGACGCUUGGUGUAGUGGAUAGCUACAGAAACCUCGGCAUAGCUUCUUCGCUUGUUCGAGAGGUGAUUAAACAUGCUGCAAGUGUAUCAAAUUGCAGGGGUGUUUAUUUACAUGUCAUCUCAUAUAACCAGCCUGCAAUUAACUUUUACAAGAAGAUGCUAUUUAAGCUAGUCAGAAGACUUCCGAUGUUCUACUACAUAAGAGGGCAGCAUUAUGACUCAUACUUGUUUGUGUAUUAUGUCAAUGGGGGGCGUACGCCUUGUUCACCACUCUUAAACUCGCAUAUUGGACUUUUGCCUCCUUCUGCAACUUUUGGUGUUGCCUCUCGUGAAUACAUUAUUAGGGAGAUUGUAACUUCAUUUGUUGUUGACUUCAGGGCUUUCCUAAAGAUGCUAGUUGGCAAGAUCUGGAGGAAAGAGGAAAAGAGUAUCCCGAGAUGGUCCCGUUGUAAGGAAUCGACCACUCUAUUGACCUCACAGAAUAAUAAUAGUAACAAUAAAAGGAUCAUCGCUGGUGAAGAUUCAAGAUGUCAUGUGUAAUUUUAGGUGUGAGCGACGCGAUGGUAUUGUUUUCGUGGAAACAUCAGUCUCUUGCAAUGUUGUUGUACCCUUGCCAAUACAUUGACAAACCAGGUAUAUAAUUUCUCAGAUAGCCAUAGCCAUGUCUUGUAAAAAGAGAGGACAAUAAAAUGAAGAAAAUAAAUGUCACCUGCUUAGCUUGUUGGAACA